UCUUCAAUAGAAUAAUAUGUCAGAGCACAUUUGAAGUACAACGGCUCCCCGCCAUAUUGUUGUCCAGGCCGCGUGCUCAGCUCUCCGCAAUGGUUUCUUUCGUGGCUUUCCUCUCCCUGUUGUGUGUGGCCUCGGCCCAGCUGCACGGUGUCUGUCACUCCAAUGUGCAGAUGCGAAAAGAGGAUGAAGUUAUUUCCUCGGUCAUUCACAUCGUGGAUCGCAAUAAUAAUAACAUCAUCACAGCCGGAGAACUGGUCGUGGGCAUCGGUGAGAUCCUUCAAUAUCACUUCCACACCCCGACAACACAGCUGGUCGACAUGACCGCCAUCGAGCUGAUCGCAGUUGCUGCCGAAUACGACAUCAUCAUCGACAGGGAGCACUUCGUGCAGAUGUGGCACGAGAGGUUCGGCGAUGCCUUGCCCUUCGUCAGGGCAACCUUCGAUGCCUACGACGAGAACAAAGACGGAAAACUCAGCGUGCUGGAGAUCGAGAACAUUCGACUUCAUGCUCUGGACAAAGCAGAUAAUGGGGACGGCAUUCUUACCGACCAGGAAUUUCGCAGUUAUCUGAAAUUUAUCUACACCUGCUGAUUAUUGGGAAAAGCUGAAAACUUCAUUCAGUGUGUUGACAGUCAAAGCGCCGCCAUAUUUCUUCUUGCAAAUACAUUGCACUUACAUUAAUAAAUCCAGAAAACACAUGUUCUAAAAAUGUACAAUAUAACAAUAUAAACAAUAAAUUUUUCAAAAAAAG